CGGCGGCGGCAGGAGCGGCAGCGGCGCCUGGACUUGCCCAGACCGCGCCUGGGGAGCCUCGGCGGCGGCCAGCAUGUCCAAGCACCCUUCCUCCUACGGCAAGAACGGGCUGGCCGACCCCAUCUUCCAGGGGUCCCGUGGCACGGCCACCCGCAGGAGCCGCCUGAAGCGAUCCGAUGGCAGCACCACUUCCACCAGCUUCAUCCUCCGGCAGGGAUCAGCAGAUUCAUACACAAGCAGACCAUCAGAUUCUGAUGUAUCUCUGGAAGAAGAUAGGGAAGCAAUCCGCCAGGAGAGAGAACAGCAAGCCGCUAUUCAGCUUGAAAGAGCAAAGUCAAAACCUGUAGCGUUUGCUGUUAAGACUAAUGUGAGCUACUGUGGAGCACUGGAUGAAGAUGUUCCUGUACCAAGCACUGCCAUCUCUUUUGAUGCUAAGGAUUUUCUACACAUUAAAGAGAAAUAUAAUAAUGACUGGUGGAUAGGAAGACUGGUUAAAGAAGGUUGUGAGAUUGGCUUCAUUCCAAGCCCCCUUCGGUUAGAGAACAUUCGAAUCCAGCAGGAACAGAAGAGAGGCCGUUUUCAUGGGGGGAAAUCAAGUGGGAAUUCUUCAUCAAGCCUUGGAGAAAUGGUGUCUGGCACAUUUCGAGCUACUCCCACAUCCACUGCAAAACAGAAACAGAAAGUGACAGAACAUAUUCCUCCCUAUGAUGUAGUACCAUCCAUGAGGCCUGUUGUCCUAGUUGGCCCCUCACUAAAAGGCUAUGAGGUGACAGACAUGAUGCAGAAAGCCCUCUUUGACUUCUUGAAGCACAGGUUUGAUGGGAGGAUAUCAAUAACUAGAGUGACAGCUGACAUUUCUCUUGCGAAGAGGUCUGUUCUCAAUAAUCCAAGCAAGAGAGCAAUAAUUGAGCGGUCGAACACCAGGUCCAGUUUAGCUGAAGUGCAGAGUGAGAUAGAACGAAUUUUUGAAUUGGCACGGUCCUUACAACUGGUUGUUCUAGAUGCAGAUACAAUCAAUCACCCAGCGCAACUUAUUAAGACAUCCUUAGCUCCGAUUAUUGUUCAUGUUAAAGUGUCAUCUCCAAAGGUAUUGCAGCGGCUGAUCAAAUCCAGAGGGAAGUCACAAAGCAAACACUUAAAUGUUCAGCUGGUUGCAGCAGAUAAACUUGCACAGUGUCCACCGGAAAUGUUUGAUGUCAUUCUGGAUGAAAAUCAGCUUGAAGAUGCUUGUGAACACUUGGCAGAAUACCUUGAGGCCUAUUGGCGUGCCACACACACUACCAGUAGUACGCCAAUGACACCAUUGCUUGGAAGAAACCUCGGUUCCACUGCACUCUCCCCUUACCCUACUGCAAUUUCUGGAUUACAGAGCCAACGUAUGAGGCACAGCAACCAUUCUACCGAGAACUCUCCAAUUGAACGCCGAAGUCUAAUGACCUCUGAUGAAAACUACCAUAACGAAAGGGCUCGGAAGAGUAGGAACCGCUUGUCUUCCAGUUCCCAACACAGCCGAGAUCAUUACCCACUUGUGGAAGAAGAGUACUCCGACUCAUACCAGGACUCAUACAAACCCCAUAGAAACAGAGGGUCCCCUGGAGGAUACAGCCAUGAUUCUCGACAUAGGCUUUGA